CUAUGGGGGAGGACGGGCUAUCCAAAAAGUACCUAUUUUUCAACAUUUUCAGUUUAUUCUCGUUGUUUAAUUGCCGAUGAUUCUCGUUUAAAUGGACUUUCCAAUGAACAAUUUAUUGAACAGUGCUGCUCUGUUUUACAUUUUGAACCGACUACAAAAUAUCAAGCGUUGGCGGAUACCCUCAAAACUGAGGCAUUAAAAACCUUGGCUAGCAUUGUUUUUCUUGAGAAGACCAAAAAGUUUGAUUAUUUUUUAAAUAAUAUUUUUGGGAGCAGACCAAUGUACGCGAGCCCAAUGUACCGCACAACCAUGAUUUGUUUCAAAAUUAUAGAAUCCGGGACGCUCUGGUAUGGUUCGAUUCAGAACACCGAGGCGCAUCGAACCAUACCAAGAUGCCUCGGAUUCGAUAAUUUUGAACCAAGUUAUGGCUUUGCGUUACAUUGGGCUCGCGGUAUAUCGGGAUGUACCUAUAUUUUUUAGAAUUCAAUUUAUUGUUGACACUCUUGGUUUGAAAACCUAUCACGGUUUUUGCCCGUCACUUCUUCGAAAUUGUAUUGAACGCCUUAAGGCAGGCAAACUUGAGGCGAAUGGGGAUCUUUCUGCCGCUUUUGUUACUUCUCUUUUUUCUCUUGUUUAUCAUGUUGCGGGAUUUGAAUAUGGUGGAGAUGCUCUCAAUCGUUCUUCUUUGGUGCCCGUUCUUUUAGGCGUUGUCAAAACCUAUUCACUUCCUGAACAAUAUAUUAGCUAUGUCACUCGUUCUGUUCGUAUAAUUGACAUUUUAACGGGAAUUGACGUUGCCCAAUUCAAUUCUAAUGGUGGAACUGAUGCGAUUAUAAAGAGAUUUUCGCACGAGGUUGACCAAUGCAAAACACAAAUAUCUGAACAAACAACACCAAAUACGACACUUCUUUGCAGUCAACAACGCGCUGCUUUAAUGAAAUCUUUGUUAAAUUUUAUAAAACGAGCAGUGAUUGAUGCAAACCUUGCAGUCCAAAUGCGACGAAUAAUGGAAACAGAAUUUCCACAAUCUCUAAUUUUCAUCAUUCAACAUUCACAAUAUUUUGGGUCUUCUCUUUUGCAUUGCACAGUGUCGUUGAUUACAAAUUUUAUUUAUCAAGAGCCUGCCCAGUUAACAAUGCUUCAAAAUAUGAAAUUAACUGAUGCUUUGAUGAAUUUAAUUUUUGAUGAAAAGUUGCCAAUUUCAAGAGAUCUCGUUUGUGCAUUACCAAAUGUCUGUUCUGCUUUGUGCCUUAAUGAACGCGGCCAUAAUGAAUUCAAACUCUAUAAUAAUCAAAAACCUUUGGAAAAAAUAUUUAGAAUUAUUUUUUCAAAUAAAUUUUUGCUUUCAAUGCGUAAACGAAAAACUGAAAUACUUGAAACUGCUCAUAUGCUUGGAACAUCUUUUGAUGAAUUAAUUCGACACCACCCUGCUUUAAGAAAAGAUGUUAUGGGAAUACUUUCUGAGAAUUGCUUCAAUCUGCUACUAGCGAAGAUAAAAGUGUUUCUUGGAGUAUGGGGAAGGCUGUUAUUGAAGAUGAUUCUGUUGAGCAUGUUUUGCUUGGUGAUUAUAUGGCAAUUAUGGGAGGUUAUUUUUUGUUAUUUUUUUGGAGAAAUUAAAAGGUUCCUUUACCAUUUAAGUGAUGAUUGA